AUUUCGUUCAUUUAACACCUACACCACAAAAAUUUCAAAAUUCUAGAUAUAAGAAUACUGUUUCUAAAAUAAUGGAUUUAAAAUACGGCCUAAUAUGCUUAUAUCCAGAGUUGGCGCGGUUCUCUUCAUAUGAAGAAGCUAAAGAGUGGUUAGUCAGCGAGAGUAGUGGCCAAAUUUUAAAUAGUUCUACAGAUACACCAUUGAAUGACCGUCCAAUUGAUGAUAUAAAUGACGAUACGGAAAGUGAAAGCUCCUUUGACAGUAAAGUUACCGACGAAUCACCAUCAUUCGACAACAAUCCUAUGCAAGAUUUUGAUGAAUCUAAUCAUGAGGAUAUCUUAAAUAAUGAGGCAACAGAUUCUAAACAAACAAGUAACGAUGAUUCUAUACGUGAUGAACAUAGAGACAAAUCUGGAACUUGGAAAUCUACUCAGCAAGAUUCGGCAGAAACUGCCAAAAUAGCCAAUAUGAAGCAUUCAAAAUCUAGAAUAGGAUUGCGUAGUGUAAAGAUUUUCUCUAAUUUACGAUCAAGAUUUGUUAAAAUUGAAGCUAAUAAACCAUGCGAAGAGAAAAAGUAUAUUUGCCCUGAUCCACUUUGUAAGGCAAAAUUUGCAAAAUCAUGUCAUUUAAAAGCUCAUCGAGAAGUGCACGCUAAAGGGUUUUUCCUGUGUUCGUUUGAGGAUUGCGGCAAGGUCUUUUUUACAAGACGUGAUGCGUGCAAUCAUUUUUUACUGGACCAUGAUGAGUGGGAAAACCAAACAUGA